AUGCCCACCAACCUUCACCCUGAGUUUUCCCUUUGGGGCACUGCACUGCCUGGAGUGAUGCCUCAGGCACCUCUGCCGUCGGCGGCAUCCAACCAACCAACUGCACCAGCAAAGUGGCGCUUGGAGGCUAGUGUACUCGGAUGGCAACUCUCAGGUCGUCUUCCUCGGCUCUUCGUCUUCGGCCACACCCUCCCCUACCCCCCCAAAAAGAAGCUCAAGCAAGGUCCUUGA